UUCCUUCUCGUCUCGCUCAGACUCGUCGUCUACGCUCUCUUCCAAGUCUCGCCGGCCAGCUGCCGCUGCUGCUCAUUCUCCCGUCGACGUCGAAGUCAAGCUCGGGCUGCUGCUGCUCUGCUCCCUGCCGAGGCGGAGCUGCUGCUGCUUCCUCUCCCAAUCUGUCAAGCCGCUGCUGCUCCCUACUUAGCCCAUUCUCCGGCGGAAUAUCUUUUGCUAUUUUGAUCAGAGAAGGGAGAGAUGAAGCUCGAUGUUGAUGUGCUGAGGUAUCUCUCCAAGGAAGAUUUCAGGGUUCUUACUGCCGUUGAGAUGGGCAUGAGAAACCAUGAGAUUGUCCCUUCAGAGCUCGUAGACCGCAUUGCUUCCCUCAAACAUGGAGGUACAUACAAGGUCCUGAAGAACUUGCUUAAGCAUAAAUUGGUACACCACGACUCUUCCAAAUGUGAGUAGACGAUGGUUUUCGGCUCACAUACCUCGGGUACGACUUCCUUGCCAUCAAGACAAUGGUUAAUCGUGGAGUUUUUGCUUCAGUGGGCCGUCAAAUUGGUGUUGGGAAGGAGUCUGAUAUCUUUGAGGUUGCCAGUGAGGAUGGUACAAUUCUAGCGAUGAAGUUGCACAGACUAGGAAGAGUUUCUUUCCGGGCAGUAAAGUCCAAGCGUGAUUACUUGAAGCAUCGCAGAAGUUACAAUUGGCUCUACUUGUCGAGACUCGCUGCACUUAAAGAAUUUUCCUUUAUGAAGGCUUUGGAAGAGCACGGUUUUCCUGUUCCUAAUGCAUUGGAUUGCAACAGGCACUGUGUGAUUAUGUCUCUUGUACCGGGCUACCCUCUAGUGCAGGUGAAGGAAUUGCAAAAUCCAGAAAUGGUGUUUGAAAGAAUCAUUGGUUUGGUUGUUUGCCUAGCGGAGCAUGGACUUAUUCACUGCGAUUUCAAUGAAUUCAAUAUUAUGAUUGAUGAUGAUGAGAAUGUCGCCAUGAUUGAUUUUCCUCAGAUGGUUUCUGUGUCACAUCGCAAUGCUCAGAUGUACUUUGACCGCGAUGUUGAGUGCAUCUACAAGUUCUUUGGUAAAAGGUUCAACCUUUCCUUUGAAGAGCAAGCCGAUCAUUCUGAUAGUGCAGAGGAAGAUGCCGAAGAUAGCAGUAGGCCUUGCUUUUCAUCAAUAAACAAAACAGCUGGUUUUCUUGACAAGGAGCUUGCUGCCAGUGGAUUUACUAGAAAGGAUCAAGCUGACAUGGACAAGUUCAUUGAAGAAGGCUCUGAUGAGGAUGCAGUCUCUGGCGAUGAAGAAGAUGCCUCCGACUCGACUGAAGCAAUUGUUAGAGAUACGGAUGCUUUGCAUUUAUCUGAGCAGCAGCCUGAGCAGAUUCAAGAGGGUGAUGGGGCCGACAAGGAUGAGACCAGACAAAGAGUUGCAGCAAGCAGGCAUGAAUCUGAAGCUCAAGAUGGCUCCGAGGAGCGAGGAGAAUGUGAGGAGGAUGCGUGCGAUGCUGAACUUGUGAAACGCCUUAACAAGCAGAGACGGCGGGCAAUAGCUGCUGCCCAUGGGGGACGGAAGGCUCUUGCCUCGAGAAAUUCAUACAAGGACAAAGGUGGGCGGUCCUCUCAUAACUCGAAAAUCCAAAAACAACUGAGCGGCUGGUAGUCUACCGCUAGUACUGAAAGGGAGAUUGCUCCCCCUUAAGUUGUGAUCUGAGGGGAUCAUCGUAGUAGGGAUUCAUUGUGUUAUAAAACUCGACUUUCCAGCCAUAUUUUCUGCGCAGUAGAUUGUGAAAGUUUUGUAGGUGAUUAUCAUUCGUGAUUAGAUAUAUUUAAGGUGAGGGCACACUGUUAAUGAGAAUGAUUUAUUAGAAAGUUCUACAUCAUGUAGUGUACAACAACUUAUGUGUUGAAAAGCCUUUCUCAAGGUCAUGAGUGUAUAUAACCAAUUACGGAUGGACCUGAUUUGGUAUUGUCUUA